AUGGCCGCCGCCACCGUCAGCCCAACUCUCGUCUCCGCCUUUCCGAAUGGGAACGUCGUCACCCAUCCUCGUGUUACCGAGGUCAAGCCACCAGGGUCCCUAAACUCGAACCCACUCCAGCUCAGACAACUCGAGGAUGCCGCAGGCGGUGUACUUGGUGGUACCUCAGGCUUCUCUAAUGGCCUCCCUGGUGGCCUCCUUGGUGGCGUCCCUGGUGGGGCCCCCAACGGCGUCCCUAAUGGCGUCUCUAAUGACGUCCCUAAUGGCAUCCCUGAUGGCGUCCUGCCUGGUGAUGCCGGCAGCCCAAUCGCUGGAACCGGCCCCAAUGCAUCUGGCGCUGGGACUAGCAACACGCCUGAGGAGCCCGCCCAGCCUGCCAACCCCUACGAUGGUGGCCGCGUGAAUGACAAGCCCUCAGAUACGAAUGGUCAAACCCCCAACGAGACUGGCAGAAGAAAUGGUCACACCGGCAGUCAGGCUGAGAUCCAGAACGUGGUCUCAUAA